AUGGACGACGACCUCCCUCCCCUCCCCACUCUUCCCAUCACUUCCCAAGAGACCCUGCGAAAAUGCCGCGAGCUUCCAGUGGGAGACAAGGAUAUUUUCAUUGCAUCAUUUCCAAAAUCAGGAACGACCUGGAUGCAAAACAUUGUCUUUCAGCUCGUGUCGGCGUCGGUCCACCAGGAUGAUAAUUUGCCCUUGGAUCACAUUUCCCAAUACGCACCCUUUUUCGAGAUUGAUGCUCAUUGGGAAUCAUCAUCAUCAGACGGUCCACCACAAAUGAUUUCCAAAAUUCGAGACGCGCACAAGGCUUUGGGCUACCGCAUCUUUAACACUCACCUACGAUGGGGUAUGUUGCCCAAGGGACCUGGAACAAGGUAUAUUUAUGUCGUUCGAGACGGUCGAGAUACUCUCACUUCUUUUUAUCAUCACAUGAGCAAUCAACAUCCCGACGAUGGAGGAUUCCAAGGAGAUUUUGAAGCCUUUUUUCAACAAUUUCUGGACGGAACCAUUGCCUACGGAAAAUGGAGUCAUCACUUGGCUUCCUGGAUGCCACAUUGCUCGACUGCUGCGAAUGCGAAUGCCAAUCCUCAAAUACUCUUGGUGCGAUACGAAGAUCUCAAACAAGAUCGCAAACAAGAGAUUGUACGCAUUGCCAAAUUUCUCCAAGUUGACAUUGACGCAAACAACCAAGCCUUUAUGGAUCGAGUGCUCGAACGAACCAGCUUUGAAUGGAUGAGAGAACACCAAGGACUGUUCCACCCAAUAUCCGUGCGAUGGAAACCAGGAUACAACUUUAUUCGAAAAGGUUCCGUGGGGGAUCACGAUAGCCUCUUUGAUGAAGAGCAUCGCAAACAAUUUCUAGACACUGUCACGAAAGAUUUGGGGGGUGCUAACCAUGUUCCCACUUGGCUGCAUGAAUACUGUUUCCACAAAUAA